AUGCAGAGCACGCCCGAUCUUGGUCACGUCUACGAAGCAGUGAAAAUCGGCCAAGUCGAAACAAAAGCCGCAGCCGAAAGCCUAGCGCAUCACGUCAACAGCCUCAAAAAUGAGCUCAACGAAACAAACACUAAAGCUCAACAAACCAUGGAAGUAGUUCAACGUAAUUCGGAAAUUGCGAUGGACGCAAAAACGGCCGCGAAAGAAGCCACGGAAAUCGGUAAAGCAACAAUGAAAAUGAUCAGAGAUAUGAAGCUCGUGAGCCAGCAAAACCAUGCUAGCAUCACGCCCACUUACGCCAACGUGAUGGCGAGGGGAGGGCUGGCGACAAGCAUACAUAACCCACAGAACCAGAAAGCAUCACCUGUCCAGACCGUACGCGAGAUCAUCAUCAAUAUCAGAGACCCUGUCACUAUAGCCAACAUCAGAGCGAUGAGUCCCCGUAGCCUCAAGUCACAUGUAGACCUCGCAAUCGCACAAAGCAGCAACGAACACAUAGAGAAGAUCAAGGUAGUAUCCUCCAAUCAGCUCAGGAGCGGUGACUUGAGCAUCAAGACGGCCACUUCAUCGGACAUGGUAGCGCUUAGACAGUUUGCAGAAGACUGGGAACAAAGGAUCGGAAACGGUGCCACUGUACGCAUUCCGACGUAUGGUGUCUUGGUACAUGGUGUACGCACUAGUUCGAUGGAUAUGGAUAACUUCGAACUCAUUAGAGAGGGGUUAUUGCAGGAUAAUAAGCCUUUCAUACCAACUGCGGAGAUCAAGUACAUAGGCUGGCUGACGAGAUCUUCGUCCUCUAAAUCAGCAUCUUCGGUCGUGGUCGAGUUCACACGACCGGAAGAUGCGAAUAAAGUUAUUGAUGAGGGCCUCAUUUGGCAAGGCGAGGUGUUCCAAUGCGAACUCUAUGACAGACAGUGCCGCGUGAGACAAUGCUUCCAGUGUCACAAAUAUGGCCACAUAGGAACCCAGUGCAAGGCAACAAUAACAUGCGGCUACUGCGCGCAAGAGCAUCCUACCCGGGAUUGCCCAACCAAGAGCGAUAGGGACGCACCACGGAAAUGUGCGGCCUGCAACGGUGUACACGAAGCCUGGAAUAACCAAUGCCCUGUCAGGAAGCAGGAGGUCAAUAAGGCCAAAGCGGCCUCUAAACUGCGGCCCAGAUAUCAUCUAGAGCUAGAAAGCUUCGUCACCAGGAUAUCUACCGGAACCAGAACGCGGGAGCGGCAAAACAACACCAACACAAUCACCAGGACAGGACGACCUAUUUUGGAAUCAGGCCGACCCCAGGACGCCAGUUCGACCCGGAGCAGGUCGCCUACCAAGAGGCUACAGAAAAGAGCGAACCCUGGCAGUGACCAGGUGGCGUCAGAUAAUCCCGAUAGCGAGAUCGUCGUAAACAUGGGGAGCCAGCGGCCAAGACGAACGGCAGCCGCUUCCAGGAGGGUCUUGGAAGCACUGGACGUCAACAGACAAACCACACAGCAUGGUCAACAGAUGGAAAUCGACGACCAAGAAUGUUAA